ACGGGGCGGCACACGGGCUGGGUGGAGAACGGAGGGCUCUUCAUCGCCUCCAACAAGCAGCGCCUCGAUGAGUACAAGAGGCUCAUGUCGCUGGGGAAGGUGUACGGUGUGGAGUCCUACGUCCUGACCCCAUCGCAGACCAAGGACCUGUACCCGCUGAUGAACAUCGACGACCUGUACGGCACGCUGUACGUCCCCAAGGACGGCACCAUGGAUCCAGCUGGUACCUGCUCAACUCUUGCCAGAGCAGCAACUGCCAGAGGCGCUAUGAUCAUAGAGAACUGCCCGGUCACCAGCAUCCAGGUCAGAGCUGACGAUUUUGGGGUGAAGAGGGUGUAUGCGGUGGAGACGGCCCACGGGACCAUCCAGACUCCCUGCGUGGUGAACUGCGCAGGCGGGUGGGCGCGAGCCCUGGGCCGGCUGGCCGGUGUGCACGUGCCGCUGGUGGGGAUGCAUCACGCCUACGUGGUGACCGAGCGCAUCGAGGGCAUUCAGAACAUGCCAAACGUUCGCGAUCACGAUGCCUCGGUGUAUCUCCGUCUCCAAGGCGAUGCCCUUUCCGUGGGUGGAUAUGAGUCAAACCCCAUCUUCUGGGAAGAGGUAUCUGAAAAAUUUGCUUUUGGCCUCUUUGAUCUGGACUGGGAUGUUUUCACGCAACACAUUGAAGGUGCCAUCAACAGAGUACCGGUGCUGGAGAAAACGGGCAUUAAAUCCACCGUCUGCGGGCCAGAAUCAUUCACGGCCGACCACAAGCCGCUCAUGGGGGAAGCCCCAGAAGUCCGAGGCUUCUUCCUCGGCUGUGGCUUCAACAGCGCCGGGAUGAUGCUGGGAGGCGGCUGCGGGAGGGAGCUGGCUCACUGGAUCAUCCACGGGCGGCCGGAGAAGGACAUGUAUGGCUACGACAUCAG